UGUCACUUUUCCGAAUUACGUUACACAGUCCUUUUGUAACACAACCGCACCGCCUCAGAUCUUUUUUCUGAGGGGAUGUGGUGACAGGUUUUAAGUUAGCUAGCCCAAGACCAAGAUCCACGACCAUUCAUGUACAGUUAAAAUCUAUGAAUGUAGAUUUAACUUUCUAAACUGAAAUGUAUACAUUCCAUCACUAUAUGGAUCUCUUAUUUUAUUAGCUCAUAUCUGUCCUGGAUAAUGGAAAAACACCUUGAUUGUCUUGAGCAUUUACUUUAUCAUUUAAAAAAUAAAACUCUUUCACCACAUAAAUUAAUAUACAUCCAGUUACACUUAUAUUCUUGAAAACAAAAAUGAUGAUAUAUCUAUGUAUUUUAAUUUCACAAAACAGAACAUUCUAUGAUCAAUUUAAAAGAAGUAAUGGGAUAUUAAAUAUAAUAAAACUAUUAGUAUACAAUGUAAGAGUAAAGGUAGCUGGUUUAAUUGCAGGGGAGAGGGGGCAAGUUUUGCAGGUCUAUUAGCAGUGUUUUAAAAGCUGUUCAGUAGCAGCUUAUUCUGUUUCAGCUCUAGCUAUCUCCUAAUGGCCUACCUCUGCCUUUGAACAAAGACACUGUAUUGUUGCUGAUUCUGAGCCACUCAUCUUAUGUCACCCAACUAUAGUGUCUCAUGACACCUAAUUGACACUAUAGCUGGAUGACAUUGUAUUGUUGCAUGUGAAGAAUUAAGCUGUGGAAGAUUACGAGCUCACAAAUAAUUAAUAAGCAACCUAGUUGUCUCUGUAUUUUGAGAAUAUCCAAGAAAAAUAAAAUAAAAACAAAUGUAUGUUUAGCACAUUGAAAGUGUAUUCAAAUGAAAAUGUACCACUUUCAUCCAAAAUAUUUGUAGUCAUUGGAGGAGCAGUUGUAAUUAUUUAAAGCAUUUUAAACAUUUUAAAAACAACACUUGCAUACACAUUGCUACAAACAAUACUCUGUACUGCACAGAAUACAGUGAAAGAGACUGCAGUGCCCCUGUGCUACUCAUCUAUUCAUUACUUUGUCCAUCCCACCCUUUCUGUAGUUUCAUUCCAGUCUGGAACAGCUUCUACUGUAAGACAAUGUACAAAGAAGAAAUGUAAUUCCUCUUUUUGACAAAUCUGGAACAGAUACUCCUGAAUCGUGAUGAAAUGCAAUGAAAAAACAAAAAGCACAAAAAAACAUGUAUACCCAGUAAAACAGAAUAAAAUAGCCCUUCCAAGAAAAUGUGUUAUAAACCUGUACAUUUUAAGGACAGAAGAAAGGGCUGAUCAGUUGACAAACACACAAGGGGUUGGGGUUAGGCGCAACCUGAUAUACCACUGAUGCAGGGCUACAAGUUACCAGCUAUUCUCUGUGGCUAUUCCCUAUUCACAGCCCAGCUGCAUUCCUCUUCAGUCACAGCCCCAGCGACAUGAGAGCUGGCUUCUUGUCAACAUUCAGAGGGCAUUAGCAGCACUUCCAUGUUCACUUCUCAUGGAUAAAAGCGUGAUCAAAUUCAGCCACUGUAACAAAGAGAUAUAUUGUUUCUUUGUCCCGGAGGAAUGUCCAGAAUGUGGAGUGAGCUUCAGUGGCCGGAGACUUGAGGAUGCUCCCAUCAGUAUCCCCAAUCCGUUCUCCAAUGGGCACAAGGCUCCUUGCUCCUUUCUUGUAGCCCCCACUGAGGAUACCUUUCUCAGGGACUUUGAUGGGGAAUCUGACCUGCAUACCGGGAUCACUGACACUAAAGGUGUGGUCUACAACUACACAAAGACAGGGGUGCAAAAGGACACCCAGGGAUGGGAGAAGUGUAUAAGCGUGCCUUUGGUUCAGCCAGACAUGUACAGCCUCAUUGACCAAUGGGACCAGUACCUGGAGAAGUUCUCCUCUGCCCAGACUUGGGACCCACAAUUCCAGAGAUUUGAUGAGGAGAAACACAACUGCUAUAACUACACCUUGGCAUUUAUAAACUGUGUGCUGGCCACACAGGGCAAAAGGGCUCUCAGCAAGGAUGAGUUCACACAGAACUUUGUUGUGCCCCGGAUCAAGAGAGCUUCCAAGUACAGAAUGCUGUGUGAGGAGAUCUCCAAAAAGUACUUCUACAUUGUGGACAGUCCUCCAAAAGAAUCAGGUGAUGGGAACUCGGAGGGAUGAUUCAGUGACUACAUUGUAACACACUGUUCCCAACCUCGAAGGGUGUAUGCUGUUUUUUGUUUAUUUAUUCCUGGGGCCUGUUUCACAAAGAAAGAAUUACCGAGUUAGCUGGAUAACUGCACUAAGUGAAACCCUGACCCCACCCAAAUAUGGAACAUGGACUGAAAUUAAAAAGAGCCGUUUCAGGUUUUACUUAUCAGGCUAACGAUGAGACAAGUAUGGUUGAUAGGUAUAUUGCAUUUUUUGUUACUAUGAGACUGAACAGUCAAUCAGGGAAUCACAAUUUAUUUACUUGGAUCAGUAUUCAAAGCCUCCUUUGUGAAAAAAUGCAAGAAAUCACAUCAUGACAAAGCCUAAUUUUCUUCUCUGAAAGUGAGUGGAAGCAAAUUUUUUUUUUUAACCAAAAUUAUCAGGCCAACAGCUUAUAUUAGUAAAACCUACAUUACUACUUUAAUUUAAUUUCCUCCCUCUCCACCUCAGCAGAUACGUGCUGAGGUGAAUCAACCAGGUGGGUGCCACUGGAUUAUGGUGUACAGCUCUUUCAGGGUAAUCAUUUAUCAUCAAUUCCCAUGUGGUUAAAGUGCAGAUUUUCAGCUUUUAGGCUUUUGAUUGUGUUAUUGGUGUUUAAACAGGAGGACUAGUGGAAGCCAUUAUGUGGCUGGAAAAAAGGAAAAAACAAAGUGACAUAGGCCAAACAGUAUGAUAUAAUAUGAUUAGAUCUAUAAGUUCAUGUAUUUUGCACUAAAGUAUAACUGUCAGUUUGUUUGGAUGCAGUAUGCUUCUGCCUUGGCACUGUUUUUCAAAUUCAUGCAUAUUAACAAUAUUCUGCUAUUUUCUACCGAUGUUAAAACUCUUGUUGCUCCUAUAAUAUGUAGGUUAUUCAAUGCAUCAUGCCAUGUUAAGUUUGUACACUGGAGCUUAUUCCAAAUAAAUAAAUAAUGAAUAUUGACAAGAAAA